GUACUUGGCGGUUUCACGGGAAAUGGCAGCAACAGAGCGGCGACGCGACCACAAAGCCAUCUUAGAGUGCUCCAAGCAGGAUGUAUGGACCAUUUGGUAUGCCGCUGAACAUGGCAAGGUUGACCGUGUGCGUUCGCUUCUUGACCAAAAGAACUCCAUCCUCAACGUCCAAGAGCCGCGCAUGCAGUGGACGCCACUGCAUUUCGCAGCUCGCUACGCACAAGAAGCCGUGAUUCGGGUGCUGUUAGAGUACCGAGCCAACCCCGAUGUAGUCGAUAAGGAUGGUAACACGGCACUGCACUUGUGUGCUGGAUGGGGCUCGUUGCGCUGCUGUGUGCUGCUCUUGGAAGGUGGCGCAGACUCGCAGUGCCUCAAUGCUGUACGAACAACGUCGUUGCUUUUAGUAACAUGUCCAUAGCGAUCCCUUUCUGCUCUGGAAAUGGCAUGUACCAUGGACCAUGCUGACAUUGCCAGUAUAUUGCGGUCGUGGGUCCCUGUCGAACUGUCGUUGGCCGAGCGACGGGAGAAGAAGCAGCGUAUCGAUGCACACGUUUGUGCAGAUGACUUGGUCCAUCGGCACGAGCCUGAGCUCGUGUACUUGGAGUUGCGUGCACUCAAGUCCAAAGAGUCCACCCUUGGGCCAAACCAUCCUGGCAUCGUCGCGACCUUGAUAAAGCUAGCCAAACAAUUCACGACGCUCCACCGAGCGACCGACGCGAUUCAAUCGUUGCGUCGGGCCGUUUCCAUCAACGCAUUGCAUUUUGGCGACAAUCAUGUCGACACUGCCAUUUUGCGCAACAACUUGGCAGCGGCGCUGUUUUUCUUUCGCGAUGGCAACUCGGCUUAUGUGGAAGAAAGUGUGGGGCUGCUUCAAACUGCACUUCAAGUGCUCUCGGAUUAUUAUUCGUCGUCGGCAACAAAAAACAACUCGAUGGAUCGGUCGACAUGCUUGGAGAACCUGUGCAUCUGCUUGCAAUCGUCGUCACAGCAUGCGCUGGCCCAUGGGUACAUGCACGAGUUGCUGGCCGCGUUUGGGGCCACGUAUGGCACCGACCACGAAAAGGUGCUGGGGCUGCAGUUGGCGCUGGCAACCAAGUACAUUGCCCAGAAACGAUUCGACGACGGUGAGGCAGUGUUCCACCGGUGUAUCACCAUCGCCAUGACCAAACACGGCCGGAACCACCGAACUGUGUCGCAUGCAGUCGACUGCCUUGGCCGCGCGUACUUCGUUCGAGGCCGCUUCGACUUGGCCCAAGAAGCGUUUCGCCAGUCGCUUGAGAUUCUCCUCGUGCUUUACGACGCGUCCCAUGUCGACAUCAUCCGAGGGCACAACAACGUGGCCAUGGUCGCCAUCGGCAUGCAAAAUGCCGACGUCGUGCGCGAUCGACUACAGCGCAUCAACUUUUAACUGUGCUAGGAACAACAACUACGAUAGUACGCUGUGUUAAC